AUGGAUACCACGUCACAAUUUAAUAAAUCGUUACAAAAAAUUCAAUUCGUGUUCACUUUGAGCGGUCUUACAUUUCAAAGUAAAAAAUUAAGUAAGAAGGAAAUGUUAAAAACACGAUGUAUGUAUCUAAUAGACUUUCUGUUUCUGAACAGCGGUCUACUGGGUGCUGUAUACUGGUUUGUAGAUGGUAUGCUAACAGGAAAAAAGUUUGAAGAACUAACCUUCGCAGCACCUUGCAUUACCUUUAGUUUACUUUGUGAUUUAAAACCAGCAUAUUUGAUACACUACGAAGAUCUCGUAUGCGAUUUGAUUGAGCAUUUGCGAAAACUUGAAAACAAAAGUACCAAGUGGACCAAAGAAAAAGCUGAGAUGAGAAAAAGUGAAGCAAAUUUCUUGCAUAAAAUUUUAAAGGGCUCAAAUGUAGUAAACACACUGUUACUUUUAACAUUCUCAGUCAGCCCCUUUAUUUCAAUGACGUUAAACUAUAUCCAGACUAAGGAAGUAGAGUUCAUUUUACCACUUCUCAUUAAAUAUCCGUUUGAUUCUUUCAAUAUAAAAUUCUGGCCGCUCGCGUACGUGCAUCAGUUUUGGGCAGUGGUCGUCGUGAUUAUACACAUUAUUGGACCCGACUAUCUUCUAUACGUUUGCUGUACAUACCUACGCAUUCAGUUUCGGUUGCUUCAGUACGAUAUAAAAAAUGUCAUUGUAUCCAACAAGAUGCUAACAGAGUCUGAGGAAGUAUUAUUUGAAGAAAAAUUCGUAGAGUUAGUUAAAUGGCACCAAGAGUUGAUACGGUUGGCAAGUUUACUGGAAUUAAUCUAUACGAAGUCAACUUUAUUCAAUUUCGUUUCCAGCUCACUAUUGAUCUGUUUAACUGGUUUUAACGUUAUAGCCGUAAAAAAUUUAGCCUUUGCCGUGUCGUUCUUCGUAUUUCUAGCAACGAAUCUAUUACAAAUAUACCUACUUUGUUACUUCGGAGAUCUAGUGAUGAAGUCUAGCAUGGAAAUAGGCGAUGCUGUUUAUGACAGUAAAUGGUAUUACAUCAACGCUAAAGCAGGAAAGAACUUACAGAUUGUGCAAGCAAGAGCCCACAAGCCCUGCAAACUGACCGCCUUCGGGUUCUCUGACGUCAAUCUGAGGGCCUUUAUGAGUAUUUUAAGCAGCGCAUGGUCAUAUUUUGCUCUACUUAAAACUCUAUAUACUCCAACAAAAAAU